UUUAAUUUCAUGUCCCAUAGCCAGGGCUUUUUCAUUUUCAUUUUAUGUUUGGCCGGAUCUAAGGCAUCCGUUCACCUCCAAUCCCCUUCCUCCUUUCCGGCGGCAAACAAGAUUCUUUGUUUGCCUCUUAUUUUCCAUCAGUCUUCCAACACUCCACGUUGUCUACAGAGAUGCUAAUGACUUCUCGAUUAUUCGCGACUGCCGCCGAGAAAAUCAGGCCCUCGGCGAUGAAGCUGCAAGUUUUGACUUUAACCGAAUCAGCCGCCUCCAGAAUACGUCACCUUCUUCAACAACGCAAUAGACCCUUCCUUCGAUUGGGUGUUAAGGCUCGCGGUUGCAACGGCUUGUCCUACACCCUCAACUACGCCGAUGAGAAAGGAAAGUUCGAUGAACUGGUAGAAGACAAGGGCGUGAAAAUAUUGAUUGAACCUAAAGCUUUGAUGCAUGUUAUUGGAACCAAGAUGGAUUUUGUGGAUGAUAAACUUAGGUCUGAGUUCGUUUUUAUCAACCCAAACUCGAAAGGUCAAUGUGGAUGCGGUGAAUCUUUCAUGACAACAGCUGCUAAACAGGGUGGUAGUUAAGGGAUAUUGGGAGCCCUUCUAAUAAGCUAAGAUUUGAAAUAACCUACUUGAUUCCGAGGAGCUCUCUAAUUUAACCUUCGAAAUAAAACUAAGACGUAAAUGCUAUUAGUUUUGUGGCAGUUGCUGCCAACUAAUUGCAUGAGGAUAGGUGGCAUAUAGAUUCAGGAUUGCCGUGUCACCAUGAUAGCUCGGCAUCUGAAAAUUGUUGUGUAUAUUUCAUUUCAUGUGUGUUUCUGAUAUGAUGUCUAUUCAGAUGAGGGUUGCACGAAAGUUAUUGGAAGAUACAAGACUGUCUUAGGUGUCUUGAGAAAAGUUAUAUUAAAUAGAUUUUUGCAAGAAUUGAAACUCCAGACCACUUGUACUGUUAUUGUGAUUCCUGGUGUUAUCUUCAUUUAUAAAUCUUUUGAGCUGUUUA